AUGGUUUUACGUGGAAAGAACGCAACGCUAGUGGUUGUUGGAGAUAUUGGACGAAGUCCUCGAAUGUGUUAUCAUGCGAAGUCUUUGGCAGAUAAAAACUAUCGAGUUCAAAUAAUAGGUUAUGCGAAUUCAGCACUACAUGAGUCCAUACAACAACAUCCAUAUAUUAGCAUUGUUUCACUUAAAUGUCCACCAGAAUGCAUCGACAGAUUGCGACCUACCAUUGCUUUAAUAUUGAAAUUCUUGUGGAUUUUAAGUUCCUUGUUGAUCACACUAUUGUUUCGUAUCGACUGGCCUUUGUUGAUAAUGGUGCAAAAUCCUCCUGGAGUGCCAUCACUUUUUGCAUGUUGGCUGUGUGCCCGCAUUAGAAGAGCACAAUUUAUCAUUGAUUGGCAUAACUAUACUUACUCAGUACUGCGCAAAAAGUACAAUGUUGAAGAAAUACGCGUUGAUCGUGUUUCUGAGCGCCGAAUGCAGAAUACCAUGAGUUUUGCAGAUGAUCAUAUUGCAAGCACUCCAGAAAUUCGUGGAAAAAGAAUGACUCGAGUUGAAAGAGCUGUUCAAGCUGCUGCGGCUGUGGCAAGUAAGAGGAAGCGUCAAACUGAUCGGAAAAAAAGAUUUUCAUUCAUUCAAAGAUACGUUGAGCAAGCAUAUUAUUGGGAGGGUUACUUUGGUCGUCAUGCCGAUCUAAACAUUUGCGUAACGCAUGCAAUGCGGCGAGAUAUGAAUGAUUCUUGGGGUAUCAGUGCAGCUACUGUUUACGAUCGUCCUCCAGAUUGGAAUUUUCGAAAAUUGAAAGGAGAAGAACGCCAUGACUUUUUACUGAAACUGAUUAGUUAUGGUGGAGAAUUCGAGACCUUCAGAGCUGACAGUAUGUCACAAAAGGAUUCCAUCUUUUCAGAAGAAACGGUAAUAUCUUAUCGCGACGAUGAGGGAAAAGUUCAUCUUCGACACGAUCGCCCUUUACUUCUUGUUUCAUCUACAAGCUGGACAGAAGAUGAGGAUUUUGGACUUCUGCUUGAUGCUCUUCGGGAAUUUGAUAGUAUUUCAAGACUUUCUUCUAAAGCAAAUCCAGUUACUAGAUUGCCGUUUAUAAUAUGCAUAAUUACUGGCCGAGGACCUUUACGAUCAUAUUAUUUGAGUCGUGUAGAGCAUAUGCAAAUGCAAAAUGUUCAAAUAUUAACACCGUGGUUGAAAGCAGAAGAUUAUCCGCGUAUUCUUGGUAGUGCAGACAUCGGUGUGUCAUUACACACUUCUACUUCAGGUCUGGAUCUACCGAUGAAAGCAGUGGAUAUGCUUGGUUGCGGUUUACCAGUAGUUGCCAAACGAUUUUCUUGCAUUGGUGAGCUUAUUUCAGAUGGUCAUAAUGGAAGACUGUUCGAUACAUCCCAUGAACUUUCACAAAUCAUUAAGUCCUUAACUUGCGGUUUCCCUCUUCACUGUAAUCAACUAAAUUCACUGAUAUCAAAUGUCGGAUAUGAUCCUUUGAUAUCGUGGAGCAAAAACUGGGAUGCAUGCAUGUGGCCCUUGAUACGUAGUUAUGGAUCUUUGUCAGUUGAAGAUUUAGCACGACGCAAAAGAUUCGCUGUAAUCUCGCUUUCUAAUGCCGUGGAAGUUCCGAAGUUAAAAGACAUUCUUCCGGGACGUAAGCAAAGAGAACAUGGUGGAGAUGAAAAUUUGAAGUUGAAGGGCAAAAACCAACAGUUAAUACACGAAGUUACCAGUGACGAAGCAGUGGAGGAUUACGAUGAUGAGUAUGUUGAAAGUGUGUCUACAGUAAAUAAAGGGUCUGUAGGGGCUGAACUUACAAAAACGAAACUUCCUUUCAAAAAUGGGUUAUAUCUUGUUAUAUUUGUUCUUAAAAUAAAUCAAAGUACAAUACCGUUAAUUGACGGAAGUUUUUCGCUGCAAUGUUUUCUGGUAGUCGGCGGUUCUGGAGCAGUUGGUAUGUAUUACAUUUUCAUUGCUGGAUCACUGAAUGCUAUAAUUACAAGUGCAAGUAAUGUAGGUAGUGCUGGUUCAUAUGGAAUCAAUUGUGAAGUUUUUUCACUAAUAAAACUUCAUCAAGUGCAAAUUGCAGCUAAAAAUGUUACCGCUGAUGAUGAUUUGGUCCAUCCUUCCAACAAUUCACAUUAG